UGACUCCAAAAGAAUCCAUCUAUGUAUCGAGACAGACACAGAGGGAGACAGUUUACAGCUAUUUUAUAUAUGUUCAUGAUGCUUACAGCCUUCUUCAGAUUAGGAACAGACUUGUACCUAUGGUGUGUGUGUGUGUGCGCGCGCACUAUUUGUGUACUGUAAGACCUGUGUGUUUAGUGCAGUAGUUGUGUCCAUUAUUGAAGUUAAUUUUGGGUUGACUUUCAUUGGUAAAGGUAUAAUUGCAGACAUCUGUAGUUGCGUAACUCGGCGUUUGCCAAUGUCUUACGGUUUUUCCGUAAUACCAAAGUCAAGAGUCACACACUGGACAUUAAAUAUAAGAAAGCUAUUUUUCCUUCCUUGCUCAUGUAGAAGAGUCGUGAUAUGGUGUUCUAGUUCUUAUUGGUUGAAGUGAUUGCUGCUAUGGGUGGAAAUUAACAUAAAGGAGGCAAGUGGCGAAGGGAUCCACUUGGGGGCAAGCUGGUAAUGCGUCAUAGCUCUUGGUGAAAAGGGGAGACAAUUAAAGGACUAAAAUAGCGCCGAACCUGCGGGUUAAUGUGCACCAAUGGCUGCGAAGUCACUCAUAGUCUCCGAGCUCAGCGCAAAAGUGCCACAGGUGAUAGGAAGUAUGAACACAGAGACGAGAGAGUUGGGGCGUCCUGGGUGUUGCAAAUAAGUAACUAUUGCGUUCCAAACUAACUUUGGCAUGUAAGAUUGGCGGGUGAAAUCUAUGCAAGGUGCGGAAAAUCUACGAUUUUAACACGGCGCUUCUCGGGAGAUCAUGAACCAAUAUCGGUCGUGGCUGAGACGAGGACAAGCUGAGGAAGCCAAGGAAAAGCAUCUUUACCGAUGAAGCAGCCAAGUUCUUCUGCGCCUCUCCCUUUACGCACAGGCGAGGUGAGGACAGAGAGCAUCACUUUCAUGUAGGAAAAACGCCAAUGAGUGAUCCGAGGUGCUGAAAGAUCAGUAGUAGACGGGAGAAACACAACUACAAUUCUGAAUCAAAUAUCAAAAAAUAAAAGCAAACCAUGGACGAAGCAGGGGGGACCUCCGGGCUGGCCAAAUCAGCCGCCGUAAAACUCUCCGAGAUGGGCGAAAGAACCAAGCAGCUAGGCACCGUGAUGAGGGAUCCUCACCAGCAAAGACGGAUCAUAUUAGUGAUCGUUUGUGUGGCUCUCCUCCUGGACAAUAUGCUCUACAUGGUAAUCGUGCCAAUUAUUCCAGACUAUCUGGCUGACCUGGAGAGUGAGCAAUCAGAGCACGUCCACGUAGUGAUGCAUCCCAACACUUCAGCCAACAACACAAGCCAAGGCAAAAGCAACAAGGACAAUUUCGAUUUCCAGAUAGGAGUACUUUUUGCAUCUAAAGCAAUCCUGCAGCUGUUAGUUAACCCGUUGUCGGGAACUUUCAUAGACCGGGUUGGAUAUGACAUUCCACUUUUAAUUGGACUGACUGUUAUGUUCCUAUCCACCUGCAUUUUUGCUUUUGCGGAAAACUAUGCGACGCUUUUUGUGGCCAGAAGUUUGCAGGGUCUGGGGUCUGCAUUCGCAGACACCUCUGGAAUCGCGAUGAUAGCUGACAAAUACACGGAGGAGGCAGAGAGAAGCAGGGCGCUCGGAAUCGCUCUGGCGUUUAUCUCGUUCGGGAGCCUGGUGGCGCCUCCUUUCGGGGGUGUCCUAUAUGAGUUUGCGGGCAAGAGAGUGCCCUUCAUCGUGCUCGCUUGCAUUUGCCUGGCGGACGGCUUUCUGCUGCUGACCGUGAUCAAGCCGUUUUCCAACAGGACUAGAGGGAACAUGCCAGCCGGCACCCCGAUAUACAGACUCAUGGUUGACCCGUACAUAGCUGUGGUGGCCGGGGCGCUGACAGUGUGCAACAUUCCCCUGGCUUUUCUAGAGCCCACUAUAGCCAACUGGAUGGAGACCACCAUGCACUCCUCUCAGUGGGAAAUGGGACUCACAUGGCUCCCAGCUUUCUUCCCUCAUGUCCUCGGUGUGUACAUUACAGUUAAACUGGCAGCACAACAUCCAAAUUUGCAAUGGUUCUACGGAGCUUUAGGCAUGGUUAUCAUAGGAGCGAGCUCCUGCACAGUCCCUGCAUGCAAAACUUUUGGGCAGCUCAUCGCCCCGUUGUGCGGAAUUUGUUUUGGCAUUGCACUUGUAGACACUGCUCUGCUGCCGACGCUUGCGUUUUUAGUCGACAUGCGUUAUGUUUCAGUGUAUGGUAGUGUUUAUGCUAUCGCAGACAUCUCCUACUGUGUUGCAUAUGCUAUGGGUCCUAUAGUGGCCGUAAAGAUAGUGCACAAUCUCGGGUUUGUACAACUUAAUCUGGGUAUGGGUCUCGUCAAUGUGCUUUACGCACCAGCCCUGCUGCUGCUGCGCAAUGUGUGCCAAAUGAAACCGUCCCACUCAGAGAGAGAUAACCUGUUAGAAGAAGCUCCACAGGGGCUGUACGAUACUAUCAAGAUGGAGGAGAGGAGAGCUAAAAAGAAGGGCUACACCUCAGCUGGGAAUUGCCUCCCAGUAGAUGAAAAUGGCUUUGAUCCAUUUAGAGCACAGCGAUCCUUGUCAGAAGAGUCACCCGGUCCGGAGUACACUUAGACCGGCAGCACUCCGACCGCCCCCGUAAACAUUCCCCUGAAGAGAUUUGGAGAUGUGCAGGCAGGUUAUAUUCUAGUGAUUUAAAUUUUUAUGUAAGUACCGAUGUGCAAUAUAUACACACAAUCACAACAAUCACGAUUAUGUGACCCGUUUUCCAAAGUUUAUUUUUUAUUUUAUGACUGAUUUCAAUGUUUCGAGCAAGUCGAUGUAGCGUUUGUCAUGGACGUCAAACUGGAGUUUUGUGAGAGAUCAGCUACUGUUGAAUGUGUGUAUCAUUGAGUAUUGUAAAAAGACCUAAGUAAAUGUGCGUACACGAUUAUAUGGGACCAAGUACAAACGG